CCUCCCACCCCCGGUGACCCCGGAAGUGGAAGUAGGCCGCCGCGGCGGGGACGGAAGGCGGAAGCGGAGCGUGAGCGGGAGGCGGAGCCGGGGGAGCUGCUCUCGUAGCUCCCCCUGGCCUCAGGCGCAGCUGCUCGAGGGGGAGGAGUUACCGCCGCUGUUCGGCAGUAGAACUUACCAUGAUGGCUGUGACCUAAAAUCCUCAGGAAGUCCCGGGGUCAUGGCCCAGAAGCACCCCGGAGAAGGAGGGUUGUGCGGAGCCCAUCACAGCUGGGGUGCCUCCCUCAGGACCUCAGGACCCUCUGUGGACCCUGAAAAACUUUCAUUCUCAGGACUCGGGGACUCCACGGAGACUGCCCCUAAUGGUACACGCUGCCUCACAGAGCACUCUGGUCCUAAGUACACACAGCCCCCAAACCCAGCCCACUGGUCGGAUCCAAGCCAUGGUCCUCCAAGGGGUCCGGGACCACCUAGGGAAGGAGGUUACCCUGACGAGAGUGACGCGUCUUCGGAAGAGUCAGGAGUGGACCAGGAACUCUCAAGAGAUAAUGAGACUGGGUACCAGGAGGAUGGGAGCCCUUCUUUUCUUUCCAUUCCAUCUGCUUGUAACUGCCAGGGAAGCCCUGGAGUCCCUGAAGGGAUUUACUCUGAGGAAGGAGAUGGCCCUUCUAGCAACUUCUGCCACCAUUGCACCUCUCCAGCCUUGGGGGAAGAUGAAGAAUUAGAAGAAGAAUAUGAUGAUGAGGAACCUCUUAAAUUUCCCAGUGAUUUCUCACGUGUGUCCAGUGGGAAGAAACCCCCAUCCCGGAGGCAGAGACACCGUUUUUUGACCAAGGAGGAUACUCGGGAUAGUGGACGCAGAGAUCCCAGGUCCCCUGGUCGUCAUCGGCUGGGCCGAAAACGAAAUCAGGCAGAUAAGCGCAGAGGCCUGGGACUGUGGGGAGUAGAGGAACUAUGUCAGCUUGGACAGGCGGGCUUCUGGUGGCUGAUUGAACUUCUGGUAUUGGUGGGAGAGUAUGUAGAAACUUGUGGCCAUCUCAUUUAUGCAUGCAGGCAGCUGAAAGGCAGUGAUCUGGACCUUUUUCGAGUUUGGGUGGGAGUCUGGGCAGGGAGAUUGGGGGGCUGGGCCCAGGUAAUGGCCCAGUUUCUAAGCCAGAGCUUUUACUGUGCAGCAGGGCUAUUCACCCGUGUUCUUAGGCUAGUGGGUGCUUUCCUACUUCUGGCUCUUGCCCUCUUUUUGGGCUGUCUACAGUUGGGCUGGCGGUUUUUGGUGGGCCUGGGUGACCGUUUAGGCUGGAGGGAUAAGACCACCUGGAUGUUCUCUUGGCUGGAUUCUCCAGCCUUGCAUCGUGGCUUGAGUCUGUUUCGAGAUAGCAGGGCAUGGCAGCAGCUGGUAAGAUUAGUUCAGUGGAACUGGCUGGAGUUGCCUUGGGUCAAGCAGAGGACUAAUAAGCAAGGUAAUGCACCUGCAGCUAGUGGGCGCUACUGCCAGCCAGAAGAGGAAGUGGCCCGCCUUUUGACCAUGGCUGGGGUUCCUGAGGAUGAACUCAACCCUUUUCAUGUGCUGGGGGUUGAAGCUACAGCAUCAGAUACUGAACUAAAGAAGGCCUAUAGGCAGCUAGCGGUGAUGGUUCAUCCUGAUAAAAAUCAUCAUCCCAGGGCUGAGGAGGCCUUCAAAGUUUUGCGGGCAGCUUGGGACAUUGUCAGCAACCCAGAGAGGCGGAAGGAGUAUGAGAUGAAACGAAUGGCAGAGAAUGAGCUGAGCCGGUCAGUGAAUGAGUUUCUGUCGAAGCUACAAGAUGACCUCAAGGAGGCAAUGAAUACUAUGAUGUGUAGCCGAUGCCAAGGAAAGCAUAGGAGGUUUGAAAUGGACCGGGAACCUAAGAGUGCCAGAUACUGUGCUGAGUGUAACAGGCUGCAUCCUGCUGAGGAGGGAGACUUUUGGGCAGAGUCGAGCAUGUUAGGUCUCAAGAUCACCUACUUUGCACUGAUGGAUGGAAAAGUCUAUGACAUCACAGAGUGGGCUGGAUGCCAGCGUGUGGGAAUCUCUCCAGAUACCCACAGAGUUCCUUACCACAUCUCAUUUGGUUCUCGGGUUCCUGGCACCAGUGGUCGGCAGAGGGCCACUCCAGAGGCCCCUCCUGCUGACCUGCAGGAUUUCUUGAGCCGGAUCUUUCAAGUACCCCCAGGGCAGAUGUCCAAUGGGAACUUCUUUGCAGCGCCUCACCCUGGCCCUGGGGCCACUUCGACCUCCAAGCCCAACAGUACAGUACCCAAGGGAGAAGCCAAACCUAAACGGCGGAAGAAACUUGCUGAACUAAAGCAAGAAUGUCUUGCUCGUGGUUUAGAGACCAAGGGAAUAAAACAAGAUCUUAUCAAUAGGCUCCAGGCAUAUCUUGAAGAACAUGCUGAAGAGGAAGCGAACGAAGAGGAUGUGCUGGGAGAUGAGACCGAGGAAGAAGAACCAAAGCCCAUAGAACUGCCUGUUAAAGAGGAAGAACCUCCUGAAAAAGCUGUUGAUGUGGCAUCAGAAAAGAAGGUGGUAAAAAUUACAUCUGGAAUACCUCAGACUGAAAGAAUGCAGAAGAGGGCUGAACGAUUCAAUGUCCCUGUAAGCUUGGAGAGCAAGAAGGCUGCGCGGGCAGCUAGGUUUGGAAUUUCUUCUGUUCCAACAAAAGGUCUGUCAUCUGACACCAAGCCUAUGGUUAACUUGGAUAAACUAAAGGAAAGAGCACAGAGAUUUGGUUUGAAUGUCUCUUCCAUUUCUAGAAAGUCUGAGGAUGAUGAGAAGCUGAAAAAAAGGAAGGAGAGAUUUGGGAUUGUGACAAAUUCAGCUGGAACUGGAACUACUGAGGAUACAGAGGCAAAGAAAAGGAAAAGAGCAGAGCGUUUUGGGAUUGCAUAAUGAAAAGUUCAUGCUUUCUGCCCCAUAGUGGUUUCCAUUUCUCAAAUUCUUCUUGGUUUUUUAUACACACACACACACACACACACACACACACACACACACACAGCCAUGUGCCUCACAGUGAGGAAGCGUGUACCUUGGUACAUCCUUGAAUUCCAGCAGCAGUUUGGUUUAACUGCUACUCUGCAUUUAAGGUUGUUAUAUUUUUGUUUUUAAUUAUUUUGCUUAUUAAUAAAAAAAGAAAGAAAAGAGAA